AUGUAUCAGCAACUCCUGAUGGUCCACACGUCCACCGCAGUCCCGUACCAGCAGUCGAUGGCUUCUCCGUCCCGCUUCCUUCCUGAACCAUCCCCCGGCCAGUGCCACUCUUUCUUGCCCAAUAAGACCUUCUCACAGUACAACUGCGUUGCACAGCCCAUCAAACCCGUGCCACACGUCUUCAAGAGCUCCAUUGCAUUUGGGAAUGGGGACAGUGAAUCUGUGUCUAGUGACUAUUUUAAAAGACAACAAUGGCUACAGGAAUUAGGUGAGGAGGAGCAGCGCAAAGCCCAAGAGCAGAUGCAGCUGGGCCAAAUGUCAGAUCCAAUGUGGAUGAACGGAUGCAAGGAUGACACCGAGAGCAUCUCUGUUUCGGUCGACGGAUCCGUGAUGCCAGGGGUUGCCAGGAAUUAUAUAAGGGGUCAGGGAUUUCAGCUGGAUCCAGUUUCCGCAGCAUUGGCCGAAGAACGUCGUCAAAAAGCCCAAGAAUACCAGCGAGCCAUUCGGGAACAGAUGGAAGAAAAGCAACGCAGGUUAGAAGCAGAGCGAGAACGCAAGAAACUGGAAGAAGAAGCAGAGGAAAGAAGGUUGGAGUUGGAGAGAGCCCGCAUCCAUGCGGAAUAUGAGCAGGAACAGAUGAGGAUUAAGCAGAAAGCUGAAAUGGAGGAACGAAAGCACCAGGUUCUGGUUUCGGCCGUCCAACAGGCCCAGGCUCAGGCCGAGAUGGAAAAGAAGACGAGGAAGAUCCAGAAGAUGUUGCCUCCUCCUCCUCCUCCAGAGUCUGUCCUCGCCUCUCCCAAGAGGACCCAGGAGAAACAGGAUUUGCCUUCUCUGGUUGAAGAUAAAUUGAAGAUUGAAGACAAAAUUGAAGAACCAUCCGACUCCCCCUCUAGCCGCCGCAGGGAGUCCUCGAGAGCUUCCGAAACAGAAUCCUGCAUCUCGGAGCAAAAGGAGUUCGGAGUGCAGACUUCGGAGGACAGGAGGAGCUCCUACGUGGUGGAUCGGGUGCUCACUCCAUCCAUCUUCAGGGUGAGGGCCAAGACGGGGAGAGGAAAGGACUGCGGGACGCAGACCGAAGCGCAGUUCGGGAAGUAUGCCGCUGAAGAUGCGGAAUCCACUGAAAGCAACACCAGCUCCUUCCACAGUCCCCGGCGCAUAGUGAGGGUGCAGCACAGCAAGCCCUGCAAGGUCCAGCGCAGGAUAGUGGAGAUGCCAGAGGAGAGGCCCAAGUGGGGGGUCAACCAGCCCUCCAAGUCCUACGUAAGGAUGACAGAGAGGGACCCACACUUCUCCAAGCGCAAGAGGAUGCAGGAGCUCAGGCGCCAGCACUGGGCCAGGGAGCUGGCAGCACAGAAGACGGGCGGCCAGUUGAGCACCAGGAGGUCCAAUGUCACCACUUCUUACCCCAGCCUGAGGGGCCGCAGGGGGGCCAGCAGCUCAGACUGUACCUUGGGAUACAGCAGCUCGGAGUUCGAAACCAGGUCGUGUCGUCCUUUCCGAAGCAACUCGACUCCCCGUUAUCGCCAGCCUUCCGGAUUCCGAUCGGAUCACGGAUCCGCAGAGACAGUGGCCUACAUGGAGGCCGUGCCCAUCGUUGCUCAUCCCAUGCUCAGGCGGAGGGAGUCCCAGAGCUCCGACAACCUGCCCUCCAUCGUGGGGGGCUCGGAGCCCUCCCCCUCCCGCAGGAUCGAAGGUUAUGGCCACCCCUCGUACAGCCUUCCUCCGAUGCGGCGCAAGUGGCACAGCCAAGAGACCUUCCACCCUGGUAUCUUCCACACCUACAGUCCCCCUCACCUGUUGCACAGGCCGCUCAUGGAACCUUUCCGGCCGGGCCCCAGGCCCAUCAUACAGAGGCUUCAUAGAGAUAUGUAUGUUGUAUCUUUGCAGAGGAGGAAAUGGAGUGACCAAGAGAGUUUCGACCUGGAGAGUGUAGUCCGGUCUCGUGUGGAAGAAGGCAGCAGAGCUUCUUCUGCGGAGAGCAGCGAGAAGAGCGAGAAAUCUUCCGCGGCCUCCUCUGCCGGGAGCUCAGCCAGGAAGUCCCCAGCCAAUCAGAACCCACUCGUUUGUCCAGAAGUAGUGACGGGAAGGCCCACCCCGAGACAAGACAGAAUCUUGCAGAACUUGUCUUCCCUCAGACAGGGCCUACUCAAAAAACAAAAGGAGCUUGAAAGUUUGAUCAGGAGACCUCCUCCUUACUUUUCAUGACUCUGAAGCUCUAAAAUGAGUUCAAUUAUUUUAACCCGCUGACUGUAACAACUUUUAAUCGCUUCCCCUUCGGGAGAUACUUGUGCCUCAUUUUUGUUUGCUACGGUGAACUAAAUAAAAACAUCUUUCAGUA